UUUCCCCUUUUUUGAGAGAAGCUCUCACUCUGUCACCUAGGAUGGCAUGCAAUGGCAACAUCAUGGCUCAAAUAAAUUCAUUGACUGGGUGUGGUGGCUCACGCCUGUUACCCCAGCCCUUUGGGUGGCUGAGGCAAGAGGAUCUGGGGUCAGGACUUUGAGACCAGCCUGGCCAACAUGGUGAAACGACACCUCUACUGAAAAUACAAAAGUUAGCUGGGCAUAGUGUCAAGCACCUGUAACCCCAGCUACUCGGAGGGUGAGGCAAGAGAAUCACUUGAACCUGGGAGGUGGGGGGCGUGAACUGAGAUCGCACCACUGCAUUCCAGCCUGCCCAACAAAGUGAGACUUCGUCUUAAAGAAUAAAUAAGUAAAUUCAUUUAAAUGGUUUCAGGUGUUCUCCUGACUGUGUUUUAUAAUCUUAAACUCUUUUUUCACUUGAAUGUACCACAGCUGUGGUAGAAGAAGGUAGUCUUUGGAGCCAGAUAGAUCCCAGUGUAAAUCCAGUUCUCUACUUAGUAAUUACUUCGCUUCUGUGAACCUCAGUGUUCUUAUUUAAAAAAUGGAUCAGGCCGGUAUAGUGGCUCAUGCCUGUAAUCCCAGCACUUUGGGAGGCCCGAGGCAGGCAGAUCACUUGACAUCAGGAGUUCAAGACCAGCCUGGCCAACAUAGGGAAACCCGAUCUCUACUAAAAAUACAAAAAUGAGCCAGACAUGGUGGGUAGCAAGACUCUGUCUCAAAAAAUAAUAAAAAUAAAAUAAAAUAGGAUGAGCACAGCACACCUGUAAUCCCAGCACUUUGGGAGGCUGAGGUGGGUACAUUACCUGAGGUCGGGAGUUUGAGACCAGCCUGACCAACAUGGAGAAACCCUGUCUCACUAAAAAUAUAAAAAAUUAGCCGGGUGUUGUGGCUUAUACCUGUAAUCCCAGCUACUUGGGAGGAUGAGGUAGGAGAAUCUUUUGAACCCUAGAGGCGGAGGUUGCAGUGAGCCGAGAUUGCACCUUUGCAAUCCAGCCUGGGCGACAAGAACAAAACUCCAUUUGAAAAAGAUAAAGCCGUGCGCGGUGGCUCACGCCUGUAAUUCCAGCCUUUGGGAGACCGAGGUAGGUCGAUCACCUGAGGUUGGGAGUUCAAGACCAACCUGACCAACAUGGAGAAACCCUGUCUCUACUAAAAAUACGAAAAUUAGCCAAGCAUGGUGGCGCAUGCAUGUACUCCCAGCUACUCGGGAGGCUGAGGCAGGAGAAUCGUUUGGAGCCGGGAGAUCGUGCCAUUGCACUCCAGCCUGGGCAACAAGAGCAAAACCCCAUCUCAAUAUAAAUAAAUAAAUAUAAAAUAAAAUAGAUUAUAUACCACAUUGGGGUUGUUGAGGAGUUUGAAUAAUGCAUGUAAAAUAUUUAACAUGAAGGCAAGCUUCAGGCUAGUUCAAGUAGACUCACUGGGUUCUGAUUCAAUUACCGUGUAUUAUAUUUUGUGGCUUAAUUUAGUGGGAGCUGUCUGAAUAGUCAUAGGGUAAUGUUUUGUUUUUUUUUUUUUUUUUUUGAGAUGGAGUUUCGCCCUUAUUACCCAACCUGGAGUGUAAUGGUGCAAUCUCGGCUCACUGCAACCUCCACCUCCUGGGUUCAAGCAAUGUACUCCGACUUCGUUGUUCAUGAAAUAGGAAAAGAUGGACGGAUCAGCCAUUUGAAUGACUUGUCCAUUCCAGUGGAUGAGGAGGACCCUUCAGAAGAUAUAUUUACAGUUUUGACAGCUGAAGAAAAGCAGCAAUUGGAAGAGCUCCAGCUCUUCAAAAAUAAGGAAACCAGUGUUGCCAUUGAGGUUAUCGAGGACACCAAAGAGAAAAGAACCAUCAUCCAUCAGGCUAUCAAAUCUCUGUUUCCAGGAUUAGAGACAAAAACAGAGGAUAGGGAGGGGAAGAAGUACAUUGUAGCCUACCACGCAGCUGGGAAAAAGGCUUUGGCAAAGGUCAGAACUGCAGCAGAUCCAAGAAAACAUUCUUGGCCAAAAUCUAGGGGAAGUUACUGCCACUUUGUACUAUAUAAGGAAAACAAAGACACCAUGGAUGCUAUUAAUGUACUCUCCAGAUAUUUAAGAGUCAAGCCAAACAUAUUCUCCUACAUGGGAACCAAAGAUAAAAGGGCUAUAACAGUACAAGAGAUUGCUGUUCUCAAAAUAACUGCACAAAGACUUGCCCACCUGAAUAAGUGCUUGAUGAACUUUAAGCUAGGCAAUUUCAGCUAUCAGAAAAAGCCUCUGAAAUUGGGAGAGCUUCAAGGAAACCACUUCACAGUUGUUCUCAGAAAUAUAACAGGAACUGAUGACCAAGUACAGCAAGCUAUGAACUCUCUCAAGGAGAUUGGAUUUAUUAACUACUAUGGAAUGCAGAGAUUUGGAACCACAGCUGUCCCCACGUAUCAGGUUGGAAGAGCUAUACUACAGAAUUCCUGGACAGAAGUCAUGGAUUUAAUAUUGAAACCCCGCUCUGGAGCUGAAAAGGGCUACUUGGUUAAAUGCAGAGAAGAAUGGGCAAAGACCAAAGACCCAACUGCUGCCCUCAGAAAACUACCUGUCAAAAGGUGUGUGGAAGGGCAGCUGCUUCGAGGACUUUCAAAAUAUGGAAUGAAGAAUAUAGUCUCUGCAUUUGGCCUAAUACCCAGAAAUAAUCGCUUGAUGUAUAUUCAUAGCUACCAAAGCUAUGUGUGGAAUAAUAUGGUAAGCAAGAGGAUAGAAGACUAUGGGCUGAAACCUGCUCCAGGGGACCUUGUUCUCAAAGGAGCCACACCCACCUAUAUUGAGGAGGAGGAUGUUAAUAAUUACUCUAUCCAUGAUGUGGUGAUGCCCUUGCCUGGUUUCGAUGUUAUCUACCCAAAGCAUAAAAUUCAAGAAGCCUACAGGGAAAUGCUCACAGCUGACAAUCUUGAUAUUGACAACAUGAGACACAAAAUCCGAGAUUAUUCCUUGUCAGGGGCCUACCGAAAGAUCAUUAUUCGUCCUCAGAAUGUUAGCUGGGAAGUUGUUGCAUAUGAUGAUCCCAAAAUUCCACUUUUCAACACAGAUGUGGACAACCUAGAAGGGAAGCCACCACCAGUUUUUGCUUCUGAAGGCAAAUACAGGGCUUUGAAAAUGGAUUUUUCUCUACCCCCUUCUACAUAUGCCACCAUGGCCAUUCGAGAAGUGCUAAAAAUGGAUACCAGUAUCAAGAACCAGACACAGCUGAAUACCACCUGGCUUCGCUGAGCAGUACCUUGUCCACAGAUCAGCAAAUGCACACAAGUGUUUGCUUCCUGGCUCCCUGUGCAUUUCUUAGUUCAGACUCAUAUGGAUUUCAAAUCUUUGUAAUAAAAAAUUAUUUGUAUUUUUUAAAGUUUUUAUUAGCCUAAAGAAAUAAUUUGCAAUAUUUGUACAUGUACACAAAUCCUGAGGUUCUUAAUUUUAGCUCAGAAUAUAAAUUGGUCAAAAUAUACUUCAGGUGCUUAAAUCAGUGAGAUGUCAGCUUUACAAUAAUAAAAAAAGGACUUUGGUUUAAAGAAUCAGGUUUAGGUUUUGCUGCAUUCUCAAAAGACAGCAGGAGUUUUUGACACAUCUGUGAUGGAGUAUACAACCAUACGUUUUAAGAGCAAUGCAACAAAACAAAUCUGGACUGUGGGUAAAUAAUUUGAUAGCUGCCACCCACGAAUAUUAAUACAGUACUCAUGCUGAUUUAAAUGAUAAUCAAACAUCUACAGACUUGUAAACAGUGAUCAUCAUUAUCCUGCUUGUGUACAAGAUUCAGGCAAGCAUUAAAGACUUUUUAGUUGCAGUGGCUUUUGCAUAUAUUAUCAAUGCCUUGCAGGAAAGUUGCAUUGAUAGAACCUUUUUCUUCUAUCCUUUUUUUUUUUUCCCCCAAGACAGAGUCUCACUCCAUAGUGUAGGUUGGAUUGCAGUGUAGUGUAAUUCUGCAAUCCUCGAUUCUGGCUCACUGCAACCUAGUCCUCCCAGGCUCAAGUGACUCUCCCACCUCAGCCUCCCGAGUAGCUGGGAGUACAGGUGCACACCACGACGCCUAGCUGAUUUUUGUCUUUUUUUGUAGAGACAGUUUUGCCAUGUUGCAGAGGCUAACUCCUGGGAUUACCAGUGUAAGUCACUGAGACAGCCGGGUUUUUUUUCUUUAUGUAAUCGUGUAUAGCUGUUUUUAUUAGUGAAGGUCUAAUUUUUACCCUAGGUGCCUUUUAUGUUCAGAACUCUUUCCACUGGACUGGUAUUUGCUAUAAAAAUAAAUAAUGGUAGAGAAUAAAACUAUAAAAAUGUACAAGAGCAUCUAUCAGUAGCAUUUGUUUACCCUUUGUCACCAGUGGCUUUGGUAUUUCCAUGUCUGACACUGCAUAAACUUUUCUCUGGUAUGAAAGGAUAGAUACGCCUUUCUAAAGUUGUGUAUCAUAAUUGUAUCAAUUUUUAUUUUCUAUGAUUUCUAGAAACAAAUAUAAUAAAUAUUUUUAAAAUCUC